GCUGACUGGCUUCCGGGCCGGGAGGUGCGGGCGGAGGGCGAGGUGCCCCGGGACGGCCGACGGCGGCGCGGGGGUUGCGGCAGCUCGGCCGGACUCCCAGGCCCCGGGCCUUCUCCGGAGCACCUCCGCCACCACCAAGCCGCGGCCCCAGCCUGCCCCUGGGCUGGCUUUCUCCUCAGUCCUCGGGCGUGGGGACCAGGAGCUGGAGAGAUUGUAGUGUGAAGACAUCAGCUUAAGGAGAGAGGGCAGAAACACAUCUCAGGCCCUGGGUUGCCAUUUCCCCAUCAUUCAUCCCUCACUUGGCAGAGGUCACCAUGGAGCAGUGUGCAAGUGUGGAGAGGGAGGUAGACAAGGUCCUCCAGAAGUUCCUGACCUAUGGGCAGCACUGCGAGCAGAGCCUGGAGGAGCUCCUACACUAUGUGGGCCAGCUGCGGGCUGAGCUGGCCAGCGCAGAAAGCAUGCACAUAAAAAAGACUUCAAGGUCAAAAGAGCUUACAGUGAAAACCCUCCAGGGGACCCCUCUGUCAGCCACCCUCUCCCUGGUGAUGUCCCAGUGCUGCCGGAAGAUCAAAGACACUGUGCAGAAGCUGGCUUCGGACCACAAGGACAUUCACAGCAGCGUCUCCCGAGUGGGCAAAGCCAUCGACAGGAACUUUGACUCAGAGAUUUGUGGUGUGGUCUCCGACGCGGUGUGGGACUCGAGGGAGAAGCAGCAGCAGAUCCUGCAGACGGCCAUCGUGGAGCACCUGUACCAGCAAGGCAUGCUCAGCGUCGCCGAGGAGCUGUGCCAGGAAUCAACACUGAACGUGGACUUGGACUUUAAGCAGCCUUUCCUUGAGUUGAAUCGAAUCCUGGAAGCUCUGCAUGAACAAGACCUAGGGCCGGCAUUGGAAUGGGCCGUCUCCCACAGGCAGCGCCUGCUCGAGCUCAACAGCUCCCUGGAGUUCAAGCUGCACCGCCUACACUUCAUCCGCCUCCUGGCAGGCGGCCCCGAGAAGCAGCUCGAGGCCCUCAGCUAUGCCCGGCACUUUCAGCCAUUUGCUCGGCUGCACCAGCGAGAGAUCCAGGUGAUGAUGGGCAGCCUGGUGUACCUGCGGCUGGGCUUGGAGAAGUCGCCCUACUGCCACCUCCUGGACAACAGUCAUUGGGCAGAGAUCUGCGAGACCUUUACCAGGGAUGCUUGUUCCCUGCUGGGGCUGUCGGUGGAGUCACCCCUCAGCGUCAGCUUUGCCUCUGGCUGUGUGGCGCUGCCUGUGCUGAUGAACAUCAAGGCUGUGAUUGAGCAGAGGCAGUGCACAGGGGUCUGGAGUCACAAGGACGAGCUACCGAUUGAGAUCGAACUCGGCAUGAAGUGCUGGUACCACUCAGUGUUUGCCUGCCCCAUCCUCCGGCAGCAGACCUCCGAUUCCAACCCUCCCAUCAAGCUCAUCUGUGGCCACGUGAUCUCCCGGGACGCCCUCAACAAGCUCAUUAAUGGAGGAAAGCUGAAGUGUCCCUACUGCCCCAUGGAGCAGAACCCAGCAGAUGGCAAACGCAUCAUAUUCUGAUAACCUGCCUUGAAGGAACUUUGUCAGAGGGGUUUUCCACCCACGAGCCUUGCUCUGUCUCCGUGGGGGUGGAUGGCUUCAGUAGACUGUGGUUCAUUUCAGAGCAAAUGCUGAGCACCACCAUGGACAGAGGCCAAGAAGGGAGAGGAGCCCAUCUGUGCCGGGCAGCUGGCUCCUUGGCUGGAAGGGUAGGGACACAGGCCUCUGUCCUCCUGCGGCUGCCCUGUUUCUGUAUGCCAGUGACUUCAUAGCAGCCAACAGGGAAACAAAGCACUUGGCCAGCUACGCAGACAUCUUUUCAACCCUGCCCCAGUCAGGUCGCUUCCAGUCCUGCCAGCACCUGGCGCUGGAGCCGUGGUUCUUCCUCACGACUGUAUGUAUCCAUUCCCACUGUAAAUAGUCCGGGUUCAAACACAGUGCCCUGGUUUUAUAAGUGAGCAAAUAUAUUCACAGGCCUUCUCCUUA